GCGCCGCGACACGUUGCCACGGUAACGUGCAAGCCGCAGGUGACACCGCUAUUGGAUUCAGCGGACGGAGAAGAACCGGUGUACAGGUCCACAGCAACGAGAAGAACAGAAGGUGAAGUCUGAACCCUGACUGUCCGUGAGGAUGGGGGACAGCAGGGCGGUUCUGUUCGACUCUGAGGUGUUUAUCUGCAGAGACAUGAAGACACAACACCUGUGUGUUGAAGAUGACACCGCAUGCAGCAGUAAUAACAGCAGGGAGCAGACAUUGCGUGAUAAACCUGAGGAAGAGGCUGAUGAAGUCACCAGACUUCCUGACUCUGUAGUUCAGUGUCCGUCUUCUAACAUCAUUGAUCGAAAUAAGAAGAAGAACUGUGGAAAACAUGAAGAGGCUCUGAAACAGAUGGAGACACAGCUGAGUCAGCUGUCCCAGGAGUGUGAGAUCCAGGUGACAAACCUCUGUAAGCAAACGUUGUCCUCUCUGGAGGAGGUGGACCUCAGACUGAACAUCCUAAAGGACAGGAUGGGGAAGCUGGAAGACCUCAGUUUGAAGGAGGUGUACGCUCUCUGGGAUAAAGUAGAAGAAGAGGUCAAGCUAAAGAAGACCAUGAUCUCAGAGCUGAACCUCAGACUGAGAGAGGUUGAAAAACGACGUGGCAGUGAGAUCCAAGCGAUUCUCAGACGUUUCUGCCACAUGGUGGAGAAGAUCGGCUUCCUGACUCCUCCCGCUGUACACAGACUGUUUCAUACUGAAGCCACGAAAGUGAACCUGGCCUUGAUCGCUAACCGCCGCUGUGCUGCUCGUGUUGAGCUCGACCUGAAGAAGCAGACCCUGCAGCAGGAAGCUCAGCUCCAUCAGCAGUGGGAGGAUGGUCUGACCUGCUGGAGGAGAAGCAAGGAGAAGGAAAUCAUUGACCAAUUCAGGACUUUUAGUGGGCGAGAUGAGAAGCAACAGCUGAUCCCAGAUGAGCAGAGGGAACAAACCCAACGAGUUUUGACAGAACAACGCUGUGACGUCAUCUGCAAAAUCUGCUCUUUGGUCCCCCCCGCCUGCUCCUCAGCUUUAGUGUCAGAUUGGUUUAUGGAGCUGACAUCUUUAAAUUCCCAGUUAGAUCAUCUUCACUCUGACUUCCUGACUCACUGUCGUUGUUGUGAAGAGCAGUCAUGGGACGAUCUGCUGAGAGAAGUGGAGCACUGUAAGAAGGCGCUCUCAGCCCUGCAGCUUUCAGAGGAGCAGGUGAAUGACAUAGUGACUUCUCAGCUCCUGCCUCUGAUCAGACAGCGCCAGAGUCGGGAUGAGGGGCGACUGGCUGCUCUAGAAAUGUGCUGUGACGCUGUGGCCCAGCAUGCUCUCAAACUAAGCGGGCAUGUGUUCGCUGUAGUGAAAGCUGCAGCCUUACAAUGGGAGGAGCAUGUUUUCAGAUCAGAGAGGAUACAAGAAAAGGUGGAGCAGCGUCUGGAUGACCUCAAAUGUUCUCUGCAACAGCGUACAGAGAGGAAGAGGGAGAACUUGGACAACCUGAUCCAGAGACUUCGUCAAGCAAGCAGUGAGGACGUUAUGAAAUCCCUUCUUGAGAAAAGUGAAAAACUACUGCAAGAUAUCGAGCACAGCUGCAAAGAAUGUGUCUCUGAACAGUGGGAGGUUCUCAGUCAUCUUCCUGCUCUCCUCAUGGAGGAACUCCUCCUCUACAGUAAAACCCUCAGCUCCUUUUUCCAUCUCACCCAAGCAUACCAACCGGGUUUAGAAGACCUGCAGAAGCUCCACCUCUCAUCCUCUAGCAUUGACAGGCUGAUCUCCGGUUCGCCUCUCUGCUCACACUCAAGUACUCAGCUGGAUGAGUCCACAAAGACAGUUGUUUGGCAGAGCAAUGCAGACACAACUCACAACUCGCACAAUUGUUUCAAUAAGAUGGAGUCUCCUUUGCUGGAACUCAGUGAUAUUAAGCUCUGUGCCACCUUUACAUCAACAAGAGGUGUGAUCUACACUGGUCCUACCUUCAGAUGCCUCGCACCCAACCUGCCCAGCAGUCUGCAGCAAGAAACACACCUCAGCACGUUUCCUGUGGAGAUCCUCACAGACACUCUGACCAGGUUCCGAGUUCUAUUUCUGGACCACCUGGAGCAACAUUUCAGUGAAGUGUUGAGUUCCUCCGUUGCGAUGGUAGCACAGAGGAAGGAUGCGGUCCGAAUUGAACAGGAGCUCCAGCUGCAGCAGCUAAACCCAAAGCACAUCCAGACCCACAUAUGCCAGCCUCGCCUGGUGUGUUGUCUCUGUUUAUCAGCUGAACUGCAGCUCCACCAGGAGAUUGUGGACAACUUCUGUGAGGAAAUGUUGAAAGUGUUUGCUACGUGCAGGAUGGAGCUGCAAAAGCUCCAGAGCAUUAUCAGCAAGAGGAACCAAGAAUUCAUGACUACCCUGUCCAAAACUGAAUCCAGUAUCCGGGUGGUCUGCAGCAGCCGACGUCUGGACGCUGUAGUCUCAGCCUUCCAAGAUAGUCUGGAUCGACACACUGAAGAAACGCAACAUCAUCAGAUGGUCUUCAGGCAGACGCUUUCUAUGAGACUGGAAGAGACCAGAAGCAAAGUGUCAGGUUUGCUGAACUCCAUGAGGAUGUUCAGCGAAGGAGGAGAUUUUGCUCCUGAGGAGCUGAGGACGAUUCAGACGAGAAUAGAGAAGGAAACCAAGAAGAUUAGCCUGACUGAGAAGUCCAUUCUCACAGAGCUGGAAUCUUUUGAGUCCAAGAGUUUCCAGCAGGUUAAGGAAUUGUCGAGUCACCUGCUGGAGAAGCUCUCCUCCUUAAAGUCUGAAGUGGAAUUUGCAGAACGGAUCAGGAAAAUUCUCAGCAACGCUCAACUUCAGAUCCAAACAGAAGCAGCUGGCAGCAACCUGCAGCAGACUUCUGUCAGCAUCUGCUUGGAAAAGCUAAAAGCAUUUCAAAAGAACACAAAGGAGUCUCCAAAGGAUGUUUGUUCUUUGCUUUCAUCAGUCGUUGAAGAAGUCCAGAAGCGCUGUCUGUAUCUGGAUUUCAACAUGGGAAUGCUGGGUCUGAUGGCUCGUCCAAAAUCUUUGAAGGCAGUUCAUCCCACCUUGUCUUUUAAUCAUCUGAACAGCCCAAGCGUGGAGCAUCUCCAAGACCCCAUUGUAGGAAUCCUAAAGUCCAUGAACAGCGGAUUGACUUUACAUGACUCUGCGGUUGAAGACCAACAGAGAGGAAGAGCAGCAUCUGGUCAAAAUCUCAUUCAAAAUCAAAAACUAACUGCAGUGAAUGUCAGACCAAUCAGUAAAGGCUCCAGAUCAAUCAGGAAUAAUAAAAGGUUCCAGAUUUUUGGAUCUAAGCUGGAAGAGGAGCAGAGCAUAGCAUCCUUCACAUCUGUGCUGCAGUCCGUGCUGUGGAAAACAAAUGACACUCUCUUACAGAGUGCAGAGGACUUCUACAUCAGUAAGUCUGGUAGCAGUGUUCUUCUGCUUCCUGACUCUUUGGACAAGUGGGCUGAAAAUAUGAUGCGGUUGCUGCUGGAAUACCAGAAACAAGCCAACCGUUUUCUGAGCAAGAGCAGAGAGGAACUGGUGAAGCAGCUGUUUGUGUUGAAGGAGCUGCUCAGUUCUUUACCUGCAGUUAUGAUUAGUAAGCAUGAGCAGCAGCACAAGGUGUGGCUUAACGAGCAGCUGGCUGGAAUCAUGAAGAAGCUGGAGGAAACGCUGGCAGCUAGUGAGAAGGAGAGGACCUCCAACUUCAGGGAGCUGCGAGUAUCCAUGACUGAGGGCAUGUUGGAGAUGGUGAACAGCAGGGAGGAGCUUAGACAGCAAAAACUGCACAGCGCUAUCUGUUGCGCUCAUCUACAGCUGCAAGAAAGCUUGCAGGCCAGAGGGAAGGAGUUUGUGACAUCACUGACAUUACUGUCAGAGACACUGCUUCAUCAGACCGAUAACCUCUUCUCAGCGACAGCAGCAAAAAAUACAUCGCUAACCCACCAGCAAAGUGAAGACACAGCAGUUACCAAGGGAGCCGGAGCUGAAUCAAGAGAAGCUAUCAGGCCAUCGUCCUCCACUGCAGCCACACACACCAAGACACAGGAGGUGGUUGCUGAGCACAGAGAUGCUGCUCUCAAGCGGUUUGAAGAACUGUUAAAGCUGGAGUCGUUGGGCCUAGAUGAUGACAAAAGAAGACAACUGAACAAAGAAGACCAAUGGAACGCAUACUGGAGAAGAGAAAUACAGGCUUUGAAAAACAUCCGUGAAAACUUCUGAUGAAAACGAUACUACAGCAAGUGGUUAAGUGUUCUGAUUUCACUGACAUUUGUUCUUUAGAUAUUAAGACUUUCUUGGUUUCAUUGUUGUGUGACAUCAUCCCACCACGGAUCGUCACACUCAAACCCUCAUGUAGGUUUAAGGCAUUUCAUUUCUGAAAACAGAUUUAAAUAAAAUACGUAAUUUGUUUGA